AUGCGUAAGCCUCUUCGUUCACCACCCUCUUUCUCUCGCUGGCGGGUGGCGCGAGUGAAUGGACGACAUCACGUGUGGCGCGCAACCGCGUGUCAAGCGCGUUUCCCCACCCGCACCAUCGUCGUCAUCCCACAAUCGUUCAUAAAAAGCAGAAAAUUAACAGCCGCCAAAUAGCGUAGGGAGUUCUGCAUGACGCCAGUCCAGUGCUUCCUUCUCAUGGGAGAUCCCCCCGUAGCUCGAGUGCGUGCGUUGCUCGUCCUCCUCCUAGCGGCUUCGCCCCCCUGUGCCGUGCUGUGGCCCCCUUUCGCACAGGCCCUCCAUUUCUGGGGUUGACAGUUUCGACUGCACGUAAGCGAACGAGGCAGCUAUUUUCAGACACCUGCCAUUUCAAGCCUGAAGAGAGAGGUCCAAGUUGGAAGACGGGUAUCAAAAAGGAGGACCCGACCGAGCCUUGGAACAUCAGGCCACGGCCAGGCUCGCAAUCUGUUACAGGGUUGACGCUCGUUCAGUCGCUGCCACCAGGAAUCGUUCCAUCUAAAACGAAACAAACCGGCAAAAAUCUAGACAAAUCAAAGCCCACGCCUCGUCUCGGUGCUGAUCUCUCCACACGCGCACACCUAUCGCGGCAGUUCUCUACCCUGUUUGGCGUCCCUUAGGAUUGCUCUAUUAACCCUUUCGCUUCGCUCCAUCCCUCCCUAACCAUGUUCCAGAUAGACUAGAGUCGACGCUUGAUGACACUCGCUCUCGUACCUAUUUACCUCCUGCGAUGGCUCACCGACCCCGAAUCCCCUCUACGCGACUCGCGAAUCCGCACGCCGUGGGGCCGGCGUUGUUUUCAGGCCUUCUGGAAUAGUUCUGGAUAAAACACGUCUCCCACGUUGCCUGUUGGUCUAGCUCAAGGAGCCAUGCCGCCGAUGCAUGAAUUCGACACCCGUAUAUCAAAAAGAAACCCCCAGGCAAACACCUACCACCACCAUAUCGGCAGCUGGACCCCGAAUGGGACAAGUCCCCCCUAAACAAGAAUGAUUCGGCUCUAAUU